CACGUGAUUUUCGGCAUCGGAAUUCACUCUCGGCAUUGAGCCGUCUACGUAAAAAAAGCUGGUCACAGAUUUCAAGAUUGUGGAGUCAACUGGUUUUGUGUUGUGAACAUUACAUUUUGGAUUCUCAGACGGCAAGCAGACCUAGUGUGACCGGUCCAUUAUGAGUGAAGAAGCUUACUACAUUGGAUUCGACGUCGGAACUGGCUCUGGUCGAGCAUGUCUUGUAGACCGGACCGGAAAGUUGAUCGCCGAGAAGUCUGAACCCACCCUGACACACCGAUCUGCGACGGAUCACAGAAUCUACGAGCAAUCCACUACGGACAUUUGGCAAGCUCUGUCGUCAUGCUGUCGAUCUAUCAUCAAAUCAUCAGGUAUCUCUCCGUCUCUAGUCAAAGGCAUAGGCUUCGACGCAACCUGUUCACUUGCAGUGGUGAACCAAUCUGGUCAGCCUGUAUCCAUUUCACGUACGGGCGAGCAAGAAACGGAUGAGAAUGACGAAAACCUCGGUAGAGUGGUUCAAGGUCAAAAGGCGUGGAAUAUCAUCCUUUGGGCGGAUCAUAGGGCCGAGGAAGAGGCAGACACCAUCAACAAGACGGGUGAAGGGGUACUGAACUUUGUCGGCAAGACCAUGAGUCUUGAAAUGGAGAUCCCCAAAACUCUUUGGCUGAAGAAACACAUGCCCAAAGACCGGUUCAAGGACUGUAUGUUUUUCGACCUUCCAGAUUACCUCACGUACCGUGCGACUGGCUCUCUUGCACGAUCCACAUGCUCGCUUGCUUGUAAAUUCUCCUUCGUCCCUCCCGGAGCGACCAUGACGCACGACUGCGAUGGAGGUAAGGAAGAAGUCUCGACAACUGGUUGGCAACAGCGUUUCUUUGACAAGAUUGGCCUCGGCGAUAUGGCAGCGGACAAGUUUGCCCAAGUUGGAGGUAUUCCUGGAGAUGGAGGUCUCGUCCUGACAGCUGGACAACCCGUGGGCACUGGUCUCAGUAAACAGGCAGCGGAGGAUUUAGGUUUGAUCGAAGGCACAGCAGUAGGCAGCGGUGUCAUCGAUGCAUACGCGGGCUGGAUCGGUACGGUUGCUGCGACUUCUUCUGCCCCUUCGGGAGAAUCUACCAAGCCUCCUAGUCUCGAGCAGGCGAAUAGUCGAUUGGCCGCUAUUGCCGGGACCAGUACGUGUCAUAUCGUGCAGAGCAAAGACGGGAUUCUCGUACCUGGUGUCUGGGGACCGUACCGCGAUGCCGUCUUCCCUGGUCAAUGGAUGAACGAAGGUGGUCAAUCAUCCACUGGACAGUUGAUCGACUUUAUGAUCACGACUCAUCCCGCUUACCCUAGAUUGGUGGAAGAAGCCAAAAAGGCGGAUACGAACAUGUUCCAAAUUCUUGCAGAUCGACUCGCGGCGCUGGUCAAGGAGUAUGGUCUGGAGACUGCCACUCAACUCACGAAGGAUCUGCACUUUUAUCCUGACUUGCACGGAAAUAGAUCACCUCUGGCAGACCCUCAGAUGAAGGGUAUGAUCACUGGCUUGGCUUUGUCCGAUACGAUCAGUGAUCUCGCGAGGAAGUUCAACGUGACGAUGGAGGCUAUCGCUCUACAAACCAAGCACAUUGUGGACGAAAUGAACGCUCGGGGACAUGUCAUUGAUUCGAUCUACAUGUCUGGUUCCCAGGCCAAGAACGCCCCACUCAUGUCGCUCCUCGCUACGGUUCUCCGUAUGCCCGUUGUGAUCCCGCCUCAACCGUCCGCGGCUGUCGUCCUUGGAGCGGCGAUGCUCGGUCGAUUCGCUCAUGAUCUCUCGACGGCUAGACAAGCUCCGAUCCUCACGCAACAAGAUGCGGAAGAAGCUAAACAGCUCAGUGGUGCAGGAUUAUGGGACGUCAUGGUUGAAAUGACUCAACCGGCCGUCAGGGUUUUACCUCGAGCUGGAGAUAUCGGUCAGAGGGAGAGUCGACUCUUAGAUGUCAAGUACAAGAUUUUCAAAGAGAGUAUCGAAGUUCAAAGGCGAUGGAGGCAGAUGAUCAAGGAUGAGCAAGGACAUUGAGGUGGAAAUCUGGAUUGAUGCCUCCAUAGACUAGAUGCAUAGACUUUUAUUUAACAUUGGUCGCUCAUCGGAUGCAGUCGGUCAAUCAUCAUUCAUCCGUUUCUAGCCGUGACUGCACUCUCGCUUCUUCUACCACGUCUCAUGGCAGAUGCAUGGUGAUCAUCCAUGCAGAGUACCAAGGUUGAAGACUACCUAAAAUGUCCAAAAUGUCCAUCAUGUCAUGCGCCCCCAGAGAAGAU